AUGCGACACCACACACUCUUCUUUCUCUUCCUGCUCGCUACCACGAGCAUCCCGACUCUGACGCGCGCGGCGCCCAUCAACUACGUGGCGGCCAGGGGUGCUCAGCCGGCAUUGUACAGCCGCGACUUGAGCAGGUCGGCGGCCAGUCCUCGGGCGCUUGACAACCCAUCCACCGACAUCCUCGAUCGAGACGAAUCCGACAGCGACGUAUUGGAAGCACGCACGGGGGACGGUGUACGUGAUUUUCUCACGCACAACAGCAGGAACCCGCCGCCGCCGCCGCCCAAGACAAGAUGGAGGAGCUUGAUCCCGAACUCUUUCCGCGGAAAAGCACGCGGGGGUGGCAAUUCCGACUCUAAGGCUGGGAGCACGCACGGGGCUACAACUCAGCUGGCGUCGGACAACGGUGUAGGUGGUUUUCCCACGCACCACAGCAGGAACCCGCCGCCGCCAGGCCGAGCGAGGAGGUUGCUCGCGAGCGCUUUGCGCAGAAAUGCACGCGGGGGUGGCAAUUCCGACUCUAAGGCUGGGAGCACGCACGGGGCUACAACUCAGCUGGCGUCCGACCCGCGUUCGGCGCACGGCGCUCCCCACCCGCAUACCACUCAGCCAAAGCAAGCUCUUACUCAGCCGGCGCCCAAGAAUGGAGGGUGGAACUGGAACGUUUUCUCGAGGACGAAGCCGACGACGCCAGAGAGCCACCCGCCUGCAACUCAGCCGGAGCCCAAGAAAAGAAGGUUGCCGACACUCAAACAAUUGGGACAGCUCAUGUUACCCCACCCUUCCCUGGAAGCUUUCCCUCAAAGGAAGAAAGCCGAGGAAGACCCGGUUCUAAAAGGCGUGGCUGGUAUAAACGACCGCGGCCUCACCAAAAAAAACCCGGGUGGAUGA